GUUUAAAAGACAGCGUUGGCGGCGUCCAUUCUAAUCGAGCCCUGCUGCUUCUCCAAAGGGAGCGGGUCGUGUGCGCGGUGUUAGUAAGCGUGCAGCAAUUUUCAAUGGAAGUGCAGAGAAGCGAAGGAGGGCCAAGGACCAUCAGGAAGCAUUUGGAGGUGUAUGUGGGGAACAUCCCCACGGCUAUCACAGAGAUUGAGAUUCUGCAGUUGUUUGCUGGGUUUGAAGCUCAGAAUGUGCGAAAGUUUGUUGCAGGAAUCAAGUGCUUCGCAUUCGUGGAUGUGGGGUCGGAGAGGAACGUGCAGCUCGCUGUCUCUCAGCUCAACAGCACUCUGUACCAGGGGCGCAAACUGAGGGUCAACACAGCGGACCCCGACUUCUCAGACAAGAGGAGCAGCGCCGACAAAGACACCCCCAAAACACAGGCGACACCCACAGGAGCUGGGAAUCUAGUGAGGAAGGAGAAAGCAGCUCAGGCCAGCGACAGCAGCGCCGCGAGCCUCGCACCAAAUCCCAGAAAACCCAGUAAGGACCAGUCCGCCCCCCUCUCUGGGGUGACAGUGAGAGAAGACAGGAGGAGGUUUGUGUACGCUGUGCCCACGGAAAUGAGGGGCUGCACCCUUGUCCACGUCCUGAGAGACUGUUUCGGGGAGCUGGUUUGGCUGCAGAGCAUCACAGAGCUGUGUGGGGAGGUGGGGCUCCUCCUGACCGAGACACACCCGCAGACCCCCUUCUUCUGGGCCAUUCAUCUCAGCGAGGGCGCUCACGCAGACAUGCUGAGACUCUUCACCGCCCUGGCCGAGGCAGAGGAGGAGUCGCGGCAGCCCUUCCUCACCAAGAGCGAUGUCUACCGGGGCAAGAGGUGCCUGGCAGAGCUGAUCCAGACUGAGGGAGAGGAGGGGGCCUGGAACAGGGCGUGGGUGCAGGACGUGGUCGGAAUGUUUGCCGUGGUGUUCUUCGUGGAUUUCGGCACCACGGCAACCAUCCCUGUGAUGUCACUGCGGGCCCUGGAGGACGAAGCCUUCUGGAAGAUCCCCCCGCUGGCUCAGCCCUUCAUGCUGGAGCAAGAUAUUCUGAGCCCCAGGAAGCUGAUCAGGGCUGUGAUCAAAGGGAACGUGACGGGCUCCUGUGUUUCAGAGCCUCAUAUCCGAAGAUUAGCUCUUUCUCCACAGCAAGACUGAGGACAGAUCUGGGAUUCAUGAAAACACGACCGCCACAUCCCGGGGAAAGAGAAUCAAUCAAUCAAUCAAUCAAUCAAUCAAUCAAUCGCAUGGAAUAAAAAUCAUUUCGAUGAAUUAUUCCUGAUGAUUGAUCAAAUGACACCAACAAAAAAAAAAAAUCCUUUUUGAUUCAUUUUUUCCUGACAUUACUGAAACGACCAAAAAAUAAUAUAUAUAUAUAUAUAUAUGUUAUAAACCAGCUGUUUCAUGUUCAUAGUAAGAUGAGUUUGUUUUUUAUGUUGUUCUGCAUUCUGUUACAGGGCAUCGUAUUCAAAGAACGGCUUAUUAAUAAAAUA